AUGCAUCAUACAGACAUUUCGUUGGCUGACGGAAAACUGUUCACGGUCAAUAUAACAACCAAUUCUACGAGUCGAAACGAUCCAAGUUUUGCUACAGCUGUUGUCAAUACACAAAUCUUGACAAUAUUUCAUCACCAAGGAGCACAGGUGUAUGUCUAUGGUGCAUUUUCAAAUGAAAAUGAAAAUGAAAAGACUCCAGAGAAGUGGAUAUUUUAUUAUGUACCAGUUAUGGCACCGACACAAAGUGACAUGAAUAAUGAUACAUGGAUUUCAGUUGUUAACGGUGAAAUACGUUUGAAAUUAAUGUUAGGUAACAGUGAAGUUCAAGAGCUGGCUCGUAAAGCAAUCGUUAACAACGAUAAAAAUGCUCAUUUGGUCAUGCAGAAAAUCAGAAAUGGUGAUUAUGAAAUCGAAAUAGCCUUCUAUUUUGCUGGUUUCAAGCAAGUUACAACAAAUUUUAUAUCAAUUACUAGUGAUCAGUUGAAAAAUGUAUUGAGUAAAACAAGUGCCGAUGGUGGCAAUACAAACGCACAGUACAUUCAUCGUAAUCAGGCAUCUAAAUUUGUUGGCAACUACAUGACCAAUGUUAAAAAAAUGAUUUAUCUGGAGAAUACGAACACAAAUCUCUCACUGUUAACUAAUGGCCUUGAAGAACAGUUUAUUUCACUACUACAACAAGGUAUGAAUAGUGCUCAACAAACACAACUGGAUGCAGCGUUAUUUGAUCAAGUUUGGUCUUCAUCCGAUCUAAAUCCUGACCGUUUAACAUCUGAACUAAGUAAACUAUUUACCUACAAUGACACCGAAACGAAACGACGGAAUGAUACAAAUACGUAUUUCGAUUUAAAUAAACAAAGUUUACAAUCAACAAGCAAUAGUCACACGGCACAUGGAGGCGGUGGAGUUUCUAUCUUCGGCCUCGGUAGUAUCGGUGGUUCAGGUGGCUCUACUACUACUAAUACAAACUCUUUGCAAGAUAUGUUGAUGCAAACAAACCAUGAUAUUUAUUCCUUAACAGAGAUACAACGGCUUCUGUCACAGCAGCAAUCUGAAUUUCACUGGAAUGGCGAGAAAUUUGUACCCAAAUCGUUUAACGUUUACAAGCUAGUUGAUCUAACUGACCGUGUACAGGUAGCUAUUCUGUCAAAACAAUUAAUUGCUGAUAAAACCAACGGUGCAAUUAUUCGCUCGAUCAAUCCAGUUAGCACACCAACUGUCUAUGCUAAUAAACCUUCGACAUUUUUAACAGGGGUUAUUCAACUCUAUUCAGUUGGCGGUAUUCCCCCUUACCCAUGGCUACUAUGUGAUGGUACAGCUGUUUCACGAGUUAGAUACCAACGUUUAUUCUCUGUCAUCGGAACAAGUUAUGGUGUAGGCGACGGUUUAACAACAUUUAAUCUGCCUGAUUUUCGUGGCAGAUUUCCCCUAGGCGUCGAUCAGUCAAGUUUAGUUGUUAUUAAUGCAGGAAAAAUAGGUGGGAGAGGCGGUACCUAUUCUACUCUAGCAGCAGGUAGUCAUUCACAUUCGUAUUACGAUCCUGGACAUAAUCAUGGUGGACACACUGGUACUUCAGCGUAUAGUGGAGGAACUAUGACUAUGCAUACUCCAAAAGGUGGCCGUGGCAGUGAUCAUGGUUUUCAUUCACAUUACAUUGCUUCGGAUAAAACGCGUAUUAGCAUCAAUACAGGUGGUGACCACAGUCAUUCGAUUGUCGGUCAAAGUGGUGCUGUAGGUGGCGGACGUGCAUUCAGUAUUUUAAAUCCUUACCAAACAGUGAAUUAUAUUAUCUACAGUGAUUAG